AUGCUUUCUUUCCGUUAUCUUCUUACACUGAUUUCCACCUUACUAGACUCGUCAGACCUGAAUCCGGAAGCACCAUAUGUUCGCAAUUACUUCUAUGUCGGCGGCAAGUACGUGCCAGAUGGGUUCGGUGGGCACGCCUUCCAAGAUCAGAUGUAUGUGGAGAGACUUACUCCUCUUGGGGGACCAAAGAAGCAGACUCCGCUCGUCUUCAUACCAGGCGCUGGUCAGACAGGAACGAACUUCUUAAACAAGCCAGAUGGCGGACGUGGCUGGGCCUCGCUUUUCAUCAUGCAAGGGUUCGAGGUCUAUCUCGUUGAGCAAACAUCUCGUGGUCGAUCUGCUUGGAGACCUGGCCCCGAGGCUCCGAGACUCGCAACAUUCUCUGCCGAAAUGAUCGAACAACGAUUCACAGCACCUCAAGACUACAAACUCUGGUCUCAAGCAGUCAAUCACACUCAAUGGCCCGGUACUGGACGGAUGGGUGAUCCAAUCUUUGACGCGUUUUACAGCUCGAACGUCCAGCUUGUCAACAACGAUACUUAUUCGCAAGCAACUGUCCAAGCUGCAGGCGCUGCCCUUCUCGAUCGGAUCGGUAGCCCUGCCAUCCUCGUCGCGCACAGUCAAGCUGGUCCGAUGGCGAUAUUGAUUGCCGAUGCUCGACCGAACCUGACCGAAGCUAUCAUUCUGCUCGAGCCUGGCGGUCCACCUUUUAGAGGUGCGGUGUUCAACAAUGCCAGUGCCCGUCCAUGGGGCCUGACCGAGAUACCACUCUCCUACUCGCCACCUGUCUCUGAUCCGACAAUCGAUCUUGUCAAGGAGCUGGUUCCGGCGUCCUCUGACAAUCACGACGGCUGUAUUCUACAAGCGACCUCACCAACUCCCAGACAACUCUUCAACCUCGCCUCCAAGCCGAUCCUCGUCGUUACGGCAGAAGCAUCAUAUCAUUCCGUCUACGACCACUGUACAGUCUCAUACUUGCGACAGGCUGGCUGCACUCGGACAGAUCAUCUGGAGCUAGGCAACGCAGGCGUGCAUGGGAACGGCCAUAUGAUGUUUAUGGAGAAGAACAGCCGUGAUAUCUGGGUGUUGCUUCUGGAGUGGAUCGAGUGGCAUUGA